AUGCUGAUAGUCGUCGCCGGAGCGAGCGGCAACAUGGGCUUGACUGUCGUCCGCUCAGCCUUGAAGCGCGGCCAUCAAGUUCGGGCGGUCGGACGUGCCAUCUCGAAACUACCCGAUGGAAUCUGCCAGAAAAUCGAAAGCUUUGUUCAAAUCGAUGACUUCCAUGAUAUACGAAACCUCGAAAUCGCCUGUGCGGGUGCAGAUGCAGUGAUCUGUGCUUAUGGACCAGAUCCUGUGCUCCUACUCGAUGGACAAUUGGCCCUUCUGCGUGCCGCCGAGCGCGCUGGCAUUAAACGAUUUCACGCAGCAUGUUGGACCCUAAAUUGGAGCAAUAUGCCGCUUGGGACAGUCGAAAGCUACGAUCCACUGAUCGCGUUCAGUCGGCAGGCAGCACUCACAAGUACUAUGAAGCCACUUUACGUCUUCUGCGGCGUAUUCGCUUCGGCGUUGUUCGGCAGGCCCGGCGCCGGAUCGUUGCAGGACGAAAGUGCUGUCUGGAUACACGGGAACGAUGGCAAAAGAACAUUAAGGGUCAUUGGCGAUGGUACCACGGUCACCCCUUUCACAUUGGAAGCCGAAGUAGCGGAGUUCAGUUUGGCCAUCAUCACUUCAGACGAUGCGGAAAAUGGGGGCUACUAUGAGUUCUGUUCUGAUGAAUUCACAUUUCAACACUUAGCGGAGGCGUAUAGCAGAAUUAGGGGGACGAAGUGUUCUCUCCAUCAGGUUAUGACGAUCGAUGACUGCAAGCAAGCGGUGGUGCACGCAAGAGCUAGUGCAGAUCAGGCUGGAGACAUACAUACGCGCUGGAAAGGUUACAUCGGUCUUGUGUACGGCUUGUGCUUUGCUGAAGGAAUUUAUAACCCUGGGCCAAAGCACGUCACAAAGCACCCGGAUGUCUCCAGGACAUGCAUCGAGGACUUCAUUCGGGACAAUACGUGGGUAUGA